GCAGGGGAAACCCCAGACUUUCCCCAACUGGGAAGAGCCGACCCACCGGGAGGCCACUAAACACAGCGAGCUGAAUGGAGGGCUUGGUCAGCUGUGAGAUGUGACCCGGCCAGCAAGAGGCGCGGUGGCAGCAGCAGGCAGCGUUAUAGCGAGCAGCACCGGCACGGCGCUGGCGCGGAGAGUGGUGGUCUGAGGAAGCUGAUCGCUGUUCCUGAAUUAACUGCACUUACUCGGACAUAGAACAUGAAGUAGAAGGGGAAGACAGCCCCCCCAGAUGUCUGGAAGGUGCCAGAGCCGCCGGGCCUCUUCCGAUGACCCAGAGCAGCUGUCCAGCGGGUGCCGGGCUGGCCAGUGGCGUCCUAAGCCGCAGGGACCGUCCGCUGCUUUCGCACAAACCUCCUAAUUCAUGAGCCAGCAGGAUGAGGUCGCCGCGCUUUCAGAACGCCUUCUCAUAGCUGCGUACAAAGGCCAAGCAGAGAAUGUGGUUCAGCUCAUCAACAAGGGCGCCAAGGUAGCGGUUACCAAGCAUGGCCGGACCGCCCUGCAUCUUGCUGCCAACAAGGGCCACCUCUCUGUGGUCCAGAUCUUGCUGAAGGCUGGCUGUGACCUCGAUGUCCAGGACGAUGGGGAUCAGACAGCCUUGCACCGGGCCGCAGUGGUGGGACAUACAGAUGUGGUCGCUGCACUCAUCCAGGACGGCUGCGCGCUGGACCGCCAAGACAAGGACGGGAACACAGCUCUGCACGAAGCCUCCUGGCACGGCUUCAGCCAGUCAGCCAAGCUGCUCGUUAAAGCCGGAGCCAACGUGCUUGCCAAGAACAAGGCCGGGAACACGGCCCUGCACCUUGCCUGCCAGAACAGCCACGCCCAGAGCACCCGCGUCCUGCUGCUGGGCGGCUCCCGCGCCGACCUCAAGAACAACGCAGGUGACACCUGUCUGCACGUAGCAGCACGCUACAACCACGUGUCCAUCAUUAAGCUCCUGCUCAGCGCUUUCUGUUCUGUCCACGAGAAGAACCAGGCUGGAGACACAGCCCUUCAUAUCGCCGCGGCCCUCAAUCACAAGAAGGUGGCGAAAAUCCUCCUGGAAGCAGGAGCAGAUGAGACCAUUGUCAAUCAUGCAGGCCAGACCCCGCUGGAGACCGCACGCUACCACGACAACCCAGAAGUCGCUCUUCUCCUCACCAAGGCUCCCCAGGUCUUGCGCUUCAGUCGUGGGCGAAACCUGAGGAAAAAGAGAGAAAGGCUGAAGGAAGAGAGGAGAGCUCAGUCGGUGCCAAGAGAUGAGGUGGCCCAAAGCAAGGGAAGUGUCUCCGCGGGAGACACCCCUAGCAGUGAGCAGGCUGCUCCCAGAAAAGAAGAGGUUCCAGAAGAUAUCCUGUCUGCAUCCCCCGAGCCCCGAGCCAAGGAGAACAGGCGGAGAAAGUCCAGGCCCAAGGUGUCAGCGCUUUCUGAUCCCACCCCACCGGCAGACCAACAGCCAGGGGGCCAGAAGACCUCGCACACUCACAAUCGCCAGAAGAAGCGGCCCAGGCAUCGUUCCUCGCCACCCCCUCCCCAUGAGUUCAGAGCCUACCAGCUUUACACUCUGUACCGCGGCAAGGAUGGAAAAGUAAUGCAGGCACCAAUAAACGGCUGCCGAUGCGAACCCCUAAUCCACAAGCUGGAGAACCAGUUGGAGGCCACAGUGGAGGAGAUCAAAGCCGAGCUGGGGUCCGUUCAGGAUAAAAUGAACACCAAGCUGGGCCACAUGGACAGUAAGACCCAGCACCAAAUGCGCGUUCUGGACAAGCUGAUGGUUGAGCGUCUCUCAGCAGAGAGAACGGAGUGUUUGAACCGCCUACAGCACCACUCAGACAUGGAGAAGCAUGAGGAAGAGAAACGACAGAUGUCUUUGGUGGAUGAGUUAAAAACAUGGUGCAUGUUAAAGAUUCAGAAUUUGGAGCUGAAGCUUUCUGGAGAUUCUAGGGCCUCUAGAGCCAAGUCUAUCCCGUCUACUUGUGAGUCCUCAACAGCAGGUGUGGAUCCAUUGGUGGAGACCGCCGGAGCCCUGGCUGCUUCUGACAGUUCCCCUCAGGUGGUGAGACCCAAAGAAAAAGCCGCCAACCCCACUGCGGUCCACAGGCUCCAGCCGGAGCUGUCUUCCUCGGACUGCACGGGCUCUCAGCCCAGGAACGCACGGGUGCAGGCCCAGAAAGAGGCCGCCAGGAGGGACCACAGGACACAGGGCCCCUGUGUACACAGAGGCACCCAAACCAAGAAGUCCGGGAAAAGUGGGCAGACGAGGCAUCGAGCCCAGCCUCUGGCCCCCAGCCCCCACAGUGGGCAGCCAGCACCGGGCACUGAGCAGGGGGCCCCUCACAUCCGCGAUACCUCACAAGCCCUGGAGCUUACGCAGUACUUUUUUGAAGCUGUUUCCACCCAGAUGGAAAAGUGGUACGAAAGGAAGAUCGAGGAAGCACGCAGCCAAGCCAGUCAGAAAGCCCAGCAGGAGAAGGCGACCCUGAAGGAACAUGUUAAAAGCUUAGAAGAGGAACUUGCGAAAUUAAGGACCAAGGUGCAGAAGGAAAAUUAGGAGCCUGGGAAAAAGACAUCUUGAGGAUUUGCAGUUAUUCAGUCAUUGCAGCAUAACGUUGCCCAAGGUUUCAAAUAUUGUGCACCUGAUAGCCCCGCAGUGAAAAAUUAAAAAAAUAAAAAGAUGAAUAGAUAAGGACUCCUUUCUAGAAUGUGCCAGACACAUGCUUCCCAUGCCCUGACGUGAUGCAGACUUGGACCAUUGAAGCCUGGAGAGCUUGCUGGGUUUCAGGUUGCAUUACAAGGGUCAAACCUCAGGCCAGGUUCAUUUGAAGUUCAAAAGCUCAGAUGAAGCGAGCCACUCACACUAAGAGCCCAGUGGUGUGUAAGCCUGAUCCCUAAGUGCAGAAUCUAUGAAAUAAUGUAGAUCAAAAGCAAGAAAGAAAUGAGCCCCUCGUGAAUUCAGAUCAAGUAAUCAUUCUUAAUACACCUGCUGGGCCCAGACAAGCGUUUUUCUGUUGAGAGAGCUGUAACUGAGAUGCACUAGCCAACCCCUUCUCUUUCUCUCAGUUUGUUAUUCUCAAAAGGCUGACAUUUUAACAAGGUUAAUCCUUAGCAAAGACUUUUUGAGGGCUAUGAUUUUUAUGAUAUCGCAAGACCCAAUCUAUCUUAAAGUAUUUUGAAAACUCAAUGUAUUAAGUACUGAGUAAUUGGCUAAUAGCACUGGGAAUGUUUAAUCAUGUUCUCAAGUGAGAAAGAAUCCAACCAUUUAAUCAAUGGCUUCUGUGUCUCUUCAGCCCAAAUACAAAAAUGUUACAAAUGAUUAAUUGUAAUGAUUCUUAAAGCAGAUGAGUGAGAAAAUAUUCACAUAACAAUUUCCUGAGCCUUCUAUAAUCUAGUAUAAUCAAACCCAAUAAUCUUAGGAAUACCUUUUGAAUUUGAUAUUACUGGUCUGUAUUUUAUUUAAAAAUCAUUAUUUUCUUGAAAGUAAUUCAUUUUUAGUUUUUAUUAUUGACGAACCUCAAAGGUUCUUUGCUUUGCAGUGAUUAAGUCAAGGUAAAUAAUUCAGUAACUUGGGACUGGCGAGACAGUACAGCAGGUAGGGAGUUUGCCUUGAAUGUGACUGACCUGGGUUCAAUCCCCAGCACCCCAGAUGGUCCCUUGAGCCUCACUAGGAAUGAUCUCUAAUUGCAUAGCCAGAUAUACAAGCACCAGUGGAUGUGGCCCCCAAACAAAAAAAUUAAAAUCAGCAUCAUAAUAGUUCAGUAACUAGAUUUGUAACUCAUUAUUCCAUGCUUCAUGGAGUCUUAUGAAUUUUACUUUGCUCUAAGGUUUAUACAAAGCUCUAGCAUGGAUAGGCUGAACUUUAGGAUUACAUUAUCUUCCAAAUUUCUUAUCCCUUGGAAGGUGAAAUUCUUUUCAUUUCCUCUAAAGUCCAUGUAUACACAGAAACUUCUAUUUUUAAACACAGGUUGUUAUCAAUAAGUUUUAAUAAAAUGUUGCUCAUGGAGCCUGAGGGAAAAUGACUUCUUGAUGUGAGAAAAUGCAGACAAAGCAUACUCUUAGUCCCUGGGUGUUUUGCUUAUCAAACAAAUGUGUUUAAGUGACAACCUGCAGAUGCAAACUUUGCUGUUCAAUGUAGAUGAAGACAUAUUGUGUUAGAAAGUCUGGAGAGGGAACCAAUUUUAUAUUCUCUGUUUAUUUUAUCUUUGCAAGCUUUCUCCUCAACCACUAUGUAUGUGGAAGGUUUCUUGUGAGAUUCUCAUUGAAUCAAUACCUGUACAGGCACCUUCCUUUUCUCGUUUUCUCAUUUGUUCCUAAGGCAAGAUCACAGAAUCGCAGAGGUGCGCCUCUCAGUUCUCUAAGCCCAUCCGCAGCAAAGCAUCACUGCUCUCUUCAGAAGCUCUCCUCCCUCUGUGUCUUUGCACUUACUGAGAGCUUCCAGAUGAAGAGAUGAGAUCUUGAGAUGUUCAGUAAGUCAUGUUCCAAGCGGGAGGUGUUUAUUGUUGAUGUUUUGUUUGGGGGCCACACCCAGAAGUUAUCAGGCUCUGCACUCAGGGAUCACUCCUGGUGCAGCUGUGUGGACUGUUGAGGGUGCCGGGGAUCGAACUUGGGUCAGCUGCAUAUAAGACCCAAACCACUAGACUAUUGCUCAGGCCCUGAGCUGAGGUAGUUUAAUAAAUUGAAAUAUCUCCUCUUCCUCAAGGAGAACCCUUGUUAGAAAUUCUGAAAAGAAGCAUAGAGUGCUGCUUUGGUGGGAAAUAUUUUGACUUAUACCUAACUAAGCAGUAAAGGGCCAUUUAUCAUGGGCUCACCUUAGCCAGUUCUCCAUGUGGGAAGAGAGUUUGUGUUUGUUCUUUAGCUCUCUCAAAAACUCAACCACAGUCCAACACGCGAUUCCCUUUGUUUUCCCACUGUGCUCUAUGCUAGAAUGAGUUGAGGCUUCCAUUGUACUUCCCCUAAGAGGCAGAACUUUUGCCUGUUGUGUAGCUUGUGUUUCAAAGUGAGGCUGGUCGAUAGCACAGUGGGUGCGGCGUUUGCCUUGCACAAGGCCAACCUGGGUUUGAUUCCCAGCAUUCCAUUUGGUCCCCCAAGAACCACUCUGAGUGCAGAGCCAGGAGUAACCCCUGUGUAUUGCUGAGUGUGAUGGAAAAAAAAAAAUCAAAGUGAGGCUGGAACUGCUGAAUGGGCGGUUGGGGGGGGGGCAUGUAAAACACAGGAAAGUCAUACUGUACCAUAUUGCAAUAUUUUUCUAAAAAAAAUUUGGUUAGUGUGCUUUAUAGAUAUAUGUGAUAGAUCAGAUCUUAGUGGUACUCUUGGUUUUUAUUUUGGAAGCCCUGAAUUGUUUUCAUGUUUAAACCUCCUUUGUCUCAGUUAGGUGUUGAUACUUGAGAGCUGUGUUGUCUUCUAAAAUAAUUGUAUUUUAUUACCUUGAAUUUGUGUUCCUUUCAAGCAUUAUACAUGACAGUACUUUGGUAUUAAAUUUCUUAAAAGAUGAAAGUGUGAA